AUGCCGCUCCCUCCAAAUAGGUUCCCCAGCGGACCAAGCACCUUGUCCCCUUACCAUCAACAAUUCCCCACCCAUGCCCAACACUCAACAAGCCAUCCACCACCAUUGGGCGGCACCCCGGCAUAUCUUAACGCCCAGGUCAACCAGGUGAAUCCCUUCUCAGCGAACACCAACCUACUCGGGCUAGCCGGUGGUCUCGGCACCGCGGCAGGCUUCGGUGUUGGCGGUGACUCCGGGCUCGGCAGCCAUGCGGCGCGCAUGGGCUUUGCGCAUGCCGGCAGCCUUCAACAACAGCAACAGCAGUCACAGCAACAGGUUCUCCAGCAACAACAACAACAGCCACAGCACGUCCAGCAUACCCAGCCGAUCCAGCAUGUCCAACAUGCCCAGCAGCAACCGCAUGGUUUAGCCGAGCACGGGGCACGGGCAGCGCAGAGCAAAGGGCGGAUAAGAGAGGUUUGGAAGCACAACCUACAUGAGGAGAUGGCGACGCUCCGUGACCUGGUUGACAAGUAUCCGUAUAUUGCUAUGGACACUGAAUUUCCGGGCGUUGUGUCGAGGCCAAUGGGAGGCUUUCGGGGCAAGAGCGACUACCACUACCAAUGUCUCCGGACCAACGUCGACAUGUUGAAGGUGAUACAGAUCGGCAUCGCUCUGUUCAAUGAGGAUGGCGAGCAGCCCCCGGCGCGUCCAAGUUCUACCGAUUCGGCCGACCUGCGGAGAACAGGCAGUCAAGCGCCGCUGCCCUAUGCAUGGCAGUUCAACUUUAAAUUCUCACUCAAGGACGAUAUGUACAACCAGACCUCGAUCGAGUCGCUCCAACAGGCGGGCAUCGAUUUCGCGCUGCUGGAACGAGACGGCAUCGAUCCGCAUGAAUUUGCGUCGCUCCUGAUCCCGUCAGGUCUGGUCUGCUUCGAGGAUGUCCGCUGGAUUAGUUUCCAUGGCGGCUACGACUUUGGUUACCUUACCAAGCUCCUCGUGUGCUUGAACCUGCCCUCGGACGAGGUCGAGUUCGACCAGAUCAUGAAGCUGUACUUCCCAUCCACGUACGAUGUCAAACACCUCAUGAAACACGCCAUAAAGCUGCACAACAGCGGCAUGCUGACACCCAGCGAUCCGAGCUCUGCCGAAAUCCUCCAAAAAUUCGAGCAAAAAUCCGGGCUGGAGCACAUCGCCGAAACGCUCAAGCUAAAGCGCGUCGGGAGCGCCCACCAGGCCGGCUCCGACAGCCUGCUGACGGGCCGCGUCUUUUUCGAGCUGCGCAAGCGGAUCUUCAACGGCGAAAUUUCGGACGACCAUCUCGGCAAGGUCUGGGGCCUGGGUAUUCCCGACUUCUCGCUCGUCAGCGGCAUCACCGUUGGCUCAGGCGGUCAAGGGACCGGGGGCGGACAAGUGGAGAAUAGCCCACCCUACCACGCCGGCCAGAACGGGAAUUCGACUGGCGGCCAGAACGGCACGCCUAGUACUCCAAACACCGGCAGCGUCGGCUUGGUCAGCACCCCGGCCGCCUCGUCCCAUAAUACCAAUGGUAUGAGCGGUGGUGUUGGCAGCGGUGGUGGUAGCAGUGGAUUGGGUGCCAUGGGUCCGAUGACGCCUGGCGGAGGCGGCGGCGUGUUUGGGCAGUUUGCUUUUGGGGGGAAUGCCCGGUAG